GCGUGCUCUAACAUACUCUGAUUUAGCUCCACACACUUUUGAGACGCUAAAUAAGUCUCAGUGAAAUAAUGUCCUGCUUAGGCCAAGUGAGUGUCCUGAUGAGAUGCGCAUAGAGGCUACAGCCUGGACCAUUCCUCCGCGGUGUGUAAAGCUCUCUGGGUGUCUGCUGGGGGCUGGAUGUCCCGUCACAUGUCGGAUUUAGCUGGGCAGCAUUACUUGGUGGAUCAGACGGAUUGCCCGAAAAGCUGGUGCAGCAACUUUUCCCUGCAUAUUCCCCCCCCACCAGAAUAUGUCGUUGACCAACACAAAGACGGGCUUUUCUGUUAAGGACAUUUUGGACCUUCCUGACACAAAUGAUGAAGAGGGAUCUAUCACCGGAGCGGAGGAAGACACGGAGGGAUCGGAGACCACGUCCACGACGAAAACGACUGGAGUUUUGGUGCAAAGUCCUCUUGAAAACGUUCAAAAUCUGCCUUUAAAGAACCCUUUUUAUGACAGUAGUGACAAUCCGUACACACGAUGGCUUGCUACUACGGACAGUAUCCAGUAUUCAUUGUUUCUCCCGUUUCUUGCCGCAGUGCACGGUCUAUCCGCCAGCUCUCAGGACUCGGCCAAGUCCCCGGAGCCAUCCGCGGACGACGAAUCGCCGGACAACGACAAGGAAACUUCCAGCAGCGGCGGCAGCGAUUCCGGCAAGAAACGGAAAAGGAGGGUGUUGUUUUCCAAGGCGCAAACCUACGAGCUGGAGCGCCGCUUCAGACAGCAGAGGUACCUCUCCGCCCCGGAGAGGGAGCACCUGGCCAGCCUGAUCCGCCUCACCCCGACCCAGGUGAAGAUAUGGUUCCAGAACCACCGGUAUAAGAUGAAGAGAGCCCGGGCCGAGAAAGGUAUGGAAGUGACCCAUCUCCCUUCUCCCAGGCGGGUGGCCGUACCCGUCUUAGUCAGGGAUGGAAAGCCUUGUCACACUCUUAAAGCUCAGGACUUGGCGGCCACUUUUCAGGCCGGGAUCCCCUUCUCGGCUUAUAGUGCCCAGUCACUCCAAAACAUGCAGUAUAACGCGCAGUACAGCGCCGCGGCCACGCCACAGUUCCCCACAGCACAUCACUUGGUGCAAACGCAACAGUGGACUUGGUGAGAGAAAUUAUAGAGACUUGGCAUGGAGGCACGAUAGCGAGUUUCACCACAAAGCAAAGAGAAAAAAAUAAAACACAAAACAAAAGACUUUUCAUUUUUGCAGCUUGACUCAUACAUAUACUACCAUUUUUAUUCGGGGCUCAUGUGUGCGCCGUGUUUACAUGUUUUCGUUAAGAGAACUGGGUCCAAACCUCUCCCUUAUAGAUUUUAUUAAGAAUGUAAAUGCUCUUCUUGUGACAUUUUUGUAAAGUAUGUUGUGUGUUGGUUGUAGAGAUGUUUUCUUCUUCUUUUUUUUUUCUUUUGUCCCUUCGUGUUAUUAUCAGCACGUACGAACCACUUUAUAAUUAUAGAAAUUUUAAUUUCUUGCUUCUUUUAUGGACCGAAAAAUAUUUAUGGCCAUGAAUAAACACUGGCAACUUUUCAGCUAUUUUCCCUUUUGUUUUUAUUUCCUGUAAAUAUUCUAUGGCAAAUGUCUGCAACCUAGAGAAGCUUCGGGAGCGGAAAGAUGAAGUUCAGCCUUUGUGUAUUUCCGAAUUUAAAAACAACAGGGAGUCAUCUUUUGGCUAAACAUUAUGGACGCACUGUCAGAUCAUAUAUGUGCAAAAACCAGAGUAGCCGCGCGGCGAUGGCGCAAUAUCCAAACAAGUGAUAUAAACACAACUCCGUGUUUCUGAAAUAAGGAUUUGAUUCAUCGCUAAAUAUCCCAACAAAAGACGAGGAGCCAAACAUUGUCUAAUGGCACAGAAUGGGGCUCGAGUGGCAACAAAUCUCCAGCGCACUCCUCUCUGUUCUUUUUAGGCAAAUUUAAUCCGGAGAAUAUUUUUCUGAAUCCCAACACCUCGCUAAUAAAGAGCCUAAAGUCACUCGUCAAAUGGGACUAAAAUCCACUUACUUAAUAUAAGAGGGCUUCUCCACAUAAGAAGCUUUUGAAUGCAAAGCUCUCCUUUUUGUCAGCGUCCCCACACCACUCCCGGCCUUGGUUGGAGAGUGGAAGACUGCGGGUGCAAAAUAUCGUCUAAUGCAAUAAAUGUUUUAUCUUGUUAAGCGCUAAACUGCAAAUAGAGCAGGAAUAAUGAGUGACUCAGCAGCCUCCUUUGUUUAACCACGACCAGCGGUCAGCUUACAGGGGCUUUAACCACCUAAUAAAGUUAUUUUAUGUCACCAUAUAACAUUAGCAAUGAUACCCCGUAUUAAAAAUACACGAUUAGACAACAUGCUCUCUAAGGUGGAACCAAAACAAGCACAAAUGGCUCCCAAGUGAUCCGCCGAGAGCGCACUGCGGAUUAUCAGCCUCCAGUCAAUAUCUUGGGUAAAUAUGAUAACCUAGUAGAAAAAUCUAUGCAUUUUGUUUGUCCCGGGGCAAACAUCUCACAACAGAUGUUAGAGUCGCCCCUAUCAUCACUGAACAAACAGCUAAAUUGGCCAGAUUUGCUAAUUAUUUACAGAAUUUAGUCUCAAGGGGCUACUGCUUUUGUGGGCGACACAGACUCAAUUUGUCCCUGGCAUGGAGGUUUUGUGUUUCACCACUGGUUGAGCUUGUAGGUCAGAUAAAUCAACAACUUACUUAUAGGUGUGAUUGGUUUUUUUAAAUGAUUUUUAAUCCGUAAAGAAAUGGGAAACCGAUGUGAGGAGAACUAUGAAGCGAGACGCAGUGUACUCGCUGUGACAAUUAGACAAAGUAACCUGACAAAUGGCCGUGAGAAGUGAGUGGAUGUCUGCUUUCUUUCAAAUCGCACUUAAACUCAACCAUUCUUAGGACAAUAAUUAUUGAAAAACUCACUGAUGUCGGCGUUUGUGUGGCCAGGCUCUUUGCCCUCAGGUUUCUCCUCUCAGCUUGGUCACUCUAUCAUUGCAUAAUUACAGUACCCAACAUAACGCACAGACAAAAGCCUGGGCCUGGUUUGCAGGAUGUUAGAGGCGUGCAUGUUAACGAGCAGCAGGAGUGAGGAUGCAGACAGUGCAGAUAGAGAGACUGACAGAUCGUCUCGGUGCUGUUCAGAGUCAGGGAGAUGUAUCUUUGGGCUUUUUGUCCUCCCUGUCACUUGAUGCCAUUGUGAUCUUUGCUGCGCACGUUGUAUCCCAUAUGGGCAGCUGGGCUCGGACAAGGAGAAAGGGAUCUCUUACAACCCCUAAAUUGUAUCAAGCUUUCAAAUAAAGCGUUGUUGUCUCUCAAAGAAAAACGAAUUAAAAAUUCGUGCUAUAUCUGUUCUGGUCAAAAAAGAAGCCCCAUUCAUAGAAAACAGGGAGUCCUUCUUCCUUGAUAGAGCUAUGCCAACAACAGCCCUCUCAUUUCACUUCUCCCUCUAUCCCUCCAUUCUCCAGUGAAAGGCUGAUUAUUGUCUGUCCCAGAAAGUGGCCCGUCAUAGCGUAAAAACUAUUUUUAAUACCAGACAGUGUUCUUCCUUGUUUGCUUUGAGUUCUGCUGGAAUGCGUAGGCCUGUUUCUAAAAGAGACACGGAAAACUGUUUGACACGAUUCGCCCCAGCUGAGCUGAGAGUUCGCUUUGGGGGACUUCCGUAUCAGGUGGAAAAAUGUCCACAUCCUGCACCAGUUACAGACAGGGUCUCACAAAAACCUAGACUGGUUUUUACUCCACCGUAGUUUUGUAAGUUGAGGCGCGUUUCAUACCGACAGCAGUUACAGAAACGUGCAUAUAGUUCCACUGAUUCAUCUAUGUUGAACCCGCUAUUUGCAUUGUCAUUUUCUUGUGAUUCUAGUAAUCCGUGAGUGAUGCUGAGUAGGAUGCAGAUGUUUCUUCCAUGGGAACAAAAGCUGGGGAUAUUUGGCGGGUCUUUAAUGGACCUGUAUGCGCCAGGAUUAGCUGCCUUUGGAAAGACCGGGGAUUAGCGCAUGUGUGCGCCUUGCAUUUGUAAAUAUCAUAUUUCAUUAUAUUGAUAUAGAAAUAUUUUCGUGUCAUACUUUCUAUAUUUUAAGACCCCCUUAAACAUGGAUCCAUAGCAUGCUGACCCUGUUCGCCUGCAGACUGACUGUAGAUUAAAACAUAACCCAAAUCAUUUCUUUGCCAUGCUUUGUUGUGUUUACUCUCACACUGAAGCAAAAUAAAAAUGGUAGCUGUGUAAAAGCCUUGAUGGUAAAGUUUUACGGUUAGCAGUCUUGGCUUUGCACUCCUGUACUGUCAUCAACACACCAGAAAAUUACAACAGCCCUCUACCAGCUCAGCGACGGGGUUAGAUUUAUCGGAAAUUGCUUUUGCCUGCUCGAACGGAUAAAGCUGUGCGACAUUAAAACAAGCAUCUUGGCGUGCAGCAUAGUUCAACCUGCGUGGAUAACGCUAUUAUAUAGCUUGGAAUACAAUACUUGAGGAAAUAUGCACUUGGGACACCAAGGAUCUUCGUCAUCCUGCCCAUUUGAACCUCGACAUGAAUCAUUUCUCUAUCAUGCACAGCGCCAAAUAAACGAGGAUUUCAAAGCUAUAAUAAGCGGCGCUUUUCAUUUAAAGGAAGCUAUCUGGGUUUUAUUGCCUUAAAGGAGAUCCAGAUUAGAUUCGCCACAGUGCCGAUAUUAAAGAGAGAAGGAGUCAUGGAGGGGAGGGAGAGUCAGAGGAGAAACAGUUGCGCCGAGGAGCCACAAGAUGGAAGCAGAGGUCUUUAGCUGGUGUCAGGCAGCUUUUACCUGCAAGUGUCUACCAGUCCAACUCCGUCUAGUUCAGCCCCUACACAUUACAGCAUCAACAUCUUACUGGGACUGCUGGAAUGAGCGCCUUUUCUCCUCUUUAAUGAGCAGACAUCCCAGCAAACUUGACAGUCUUUUUAAGUGCAUGAUUGCGGUUUGUGACAUUGUUAUGGAUCUUGAGAGCAUAAUCAUCAUAUCACUCUUGAAAACAAACUAGACUCAACGUAAACAGCACACAGGCAAAGGCAAUUAGCACCGUUUCCAUUUCAAACUGAGAGAGGGAGAGAGAAAGAGAGAUGGUAUUUCCACGGUGUGGCGCAAUAGGAUAGGGGAACACACACGGUGCAGGUUCAUUCAUUUCAGUGACACGGAACAGUAAUGCUGAAGUGAGAUUUUCUAAGGGAAGUCUUCAUCGGUGUCCUUCACAGCAAAGAAGACUGAGAGCCAAAUGUCCUGGAAUCCUUAAACCUGUCAUUUCUGCACUAAAUCAGAUCAAACACGUGUCAUAACUAAUAAAAAUGAAACCAGUUAUUUUCUCGGAGCAGGCCCGUGGAGCCUGAUGCCUUCUUUAAAGACACCACAAAUACUGGGACCUAAGGACCGUGUUAGUUACAGACACAAUCUACUCAUUUGCUUCAAUCACGCCCUGCAGUUAUGUAGACUUGCUUUACAGACUGCAAAGUCCCUGAGCACCAUCAUCUCCCAAAGAUGAGAAGAAAUAUGCAAAUCAUUUCUAAAUGGGUCAAAUGACGUCAAAAUAAAAGUCUACUAUAUCUACCCACCUGUUCAGUUCAGCAUCAGUGAGUUUGCACCUGUAGGGGGCCUCGUUGGGUUGGAAAGAUGCGCCGGCAGGGAGUGCAGGGAUGCUGAACAUGAUGGAAGAGAGGAGAGAAAAGAAGUAAAGGAAUGUUAAUCUACAAGAAUUCUGGCCACUUGACUAAGGCUGGUGUGAGGGGGAAAAAAUACAAAGACCAAACAUCAGCAACAAACCAGCGCAUCCCAGUGACCUAGCAGCAAACGCAUACCCACGUACUAAUACUUUAAAUCAGGUCUGCAUUUGUGCAGGUGGCAGAGGGGUGCUGUGUGUACUAGAGCAAAUCCACCAGUUUACUCAGUGGCACAGAGCAUCGGCAGAAUGUUGUUCAGUUCAGCCUCCCAUCUGGAUGAGAACCCGGUGAGCUGCGUAACACACACACACACACACACACACCAGCAUCAGUGGGUUAAACAAGGAAGAAACAGAAAAGCUGAGGUUGAUGUCAGUUUUCUGUAGUGCUGAAGUUAAAGGGGUAAAAAGCCCUGCAGCAUCUUUGAGCAUCUCCAGCCUCUGUCAUGUCGUUUACCUUUCCUUAGAACUGUACCCAAUUUGAAACAAGCAAGUCUUGCAGCGUCUAUUUAUUCUAUGACAAGUGUGAAAAUAAAUUCAUAAAACUAGUUUUACUUAAUUAACAACACAGUUUCCGUCCUUGUGUGCCACCAUAUGCAACAAGUUCAUGAUGUUCAUUUGGCAGUUGAAUUGACUGGGAACAUUUACUGGUAUAUAAUAGUCUGGUAAAAGUGUGACCAUACAGUUUUAUAUCCUGCACCUCAUAUAUUACAUCUGUAUGGUUUGUAUCAUUUGCAUGUUUCUGGUAAAAACAAAAACAUCCUGGCAAUAUUGUUUUUUACAAGUCUCCCUCCAGCUGCUUCCUCUGAAGCAUUAUGACUCUCCAGUAGCUCGUUCUCCUGGCUACUGCACUUGGAAAUGCACUUGCCUAAGUGUCAUUUUCUCCAUGUAAGGUCAUUUUCUCUCUCCCUCUCUCUUGUUCCAUGUCAGUGUGAAUGUGAGGUCAAGCUGAGGUAGGACUGAACAAAAAGCCCCAGAGAUUUUUAAGAAUAUUUACAGUACACAGAAAGAGCAACAUUUCACAGUGAACUAGGUCUAACUGAAAUAAAUGGAUGUCUUUUUCAUCCUGGCUUCCUCAGACAAGUCAAAACACGCAGUAGGGUUUUGCUGGGGAAGACGCUGACAGUGCAGUUCUUAAAUUGUAGCUGUAGCAGACCGGCAGCCAGAUUGGAGUCAUUUUUGUGAAAAAGGAAUGAGCGUCAAGGUUCUUGACUUUGCUAAAUGUUGAGAUUAGGAAAACAGAAGAGUCUGCAGAAACACACGGAGACUGUCAGGCUGAGCAGGUAGAGAGCUCAGACAGGGCAGGCUUCAUUACCCUCCACUCACUCCAUGUGUCUAUUAAUACUCCACGAUUCCAUGUAAAAUGCAAUCUGUAUCAUGAAUCAAAUAAAGAACUACAAAAAUCUGGCUUUUUUAAUUUUGGUCAAUAUUUCUAAGGAACGGCUUUAUAAUAUGACGAACAGACAUAGUAAAGUAAACUGUAAACUGUUUAUUCAGCAGCUUCCUUCAUAGGUUCAUUAUGGAACAUAACAGGCAUAAGAAACACUAACAGUGGAUUUCAUAACUCAAAGCAAAACAACAGUUUUGCACAUCAUUACAUUAUGUUCUAACAGCAGUCGCCCCAUGUCUUUCUCUGCAAGUCAGUGGCAAAAGAAUAAACAAAAGGUCGUUGCUCAGGCAAACAUCAUUAACUCGGCAUCCUCCUGCUUUCACGUGUGGAAAGUCAAGUAUAAACCGGAAAGAAAUACUGAUCAGUUAUUAGUUUUAAACCAUGACCUGGGAGAUGAAGCAAAAGUCUUUUCUUUUCCACACUUGGAAAAGUUAGUCACACUGUAUUAUUCUAUAGUUUAAUUACUGCAAUAAAGGACAGUGAUGCCUAACAGACCGCCAGUGUUGAAAUCAAUGUUUUGUCAAAAGAGCUCAGUGAUUUUCAUGCUUUCAUAUCAAGUGAAAUGGAAUAGGGAUGUUUAAUCCCUUUUGAAAUAAAGUGUAAAUGUGGCAAAAUAGGAGAUUAAUGUAGUUAGGCUGCGGCGUCUAGAGUGUGUUUGGAUUUCUCACACACGCUGACAGUCAGCAGGCCGAGUGUGUUUGCACUGAUCCCAUUAAUCAAACCAGUGAUGGACAACAGCAACGCAUGUUCAUUGUCUACUGCUUAGAAGACAUGAUGAUUUAAAUGCAUUGUUCAAUAUGAAAUUUGUGGAAUUUUAGAUUUUAAACCUGUGUUUUAAUCCUAAUUUAUAUGUACGAGAUCAGAGCUAUUAAUUUCAUUCCAUGUUAAUAUAUAUCAUAUCAAAUUAAUCUUCUCUUUGUAUUAUCCAGUGAACUUGUGCUUCUCAACAAAACCGGCCAAUAUACAUAUGACAAACUUGAUUCUCGCAACUAGAACUAGAUAAUGUAAAUGUCUAAAGUUAAAACAUUUUCUACCUCUUGCAGGAAACAUUAACCUACAGUGCAUGACCAUUAUUAUUUAGAGCCUGUUCGGCUCAAAGUCUCAGAGUUCUUCUAUUGAAAGUUGUGUUUCUCUGUUAUGAUAUGCAAAUUGCCAUAUGGUCUUAUUUCCCUUUGUCUUCUCUUUCUCAA